UAUUUUAUCACUUUAAGUAGACAGGAUGACGACACUUCAGGGUGCUAGAGUGAAGAACUCUCACUUCAGAAAACUAGAGUGAAAAAUUUUCUCUAACAAGUGACAAGUUAAUUUUUGUCUUUAACUUUAUUUGGAUAACUUAAGACGAAUCUGUGUGGAUUAUAUGCUUUAUGGUAAAACUGAUGUUACAUUUCGACAAAUCGAGGAAAGGGAGCAAUUAGGAACAGUUACAUUACCUACACGAGUGAUAAUGAAACAUAUUUGCCAAAUCUUUAAGACGGAGAUAGAGCAGAGAUAAGACCGUCAAACUCAUUUUUUAUCUUCACAGACAGCAAGGGAAAUCUUAUAGAACGAAAGUGAUAAUUUAACUUCAGACUAAAGUGAAAAUACAUCUGCCAUCAAAUAGUAGAUCAACAGACAUUAGUUGUUUAUACUCUGCAGAGAGAUGUGAAUUUGUUGUAAAAAUGCAAUAAAUCUGAGUGAUAAAUGUUUAAUACUGCUGUUUUGUGUAGGAUUUUUCUGAGGUUACAGUUAUAUAGUGAGGGAUAAUGUGUAGUGACAUGGAAAAAACGAAACAUUUUUCAUUUAAAGCGUCUACAGUAUUGGUGUAAUCGCGUGGAAACUCGUCCCACUUUAACUCGAGUAGUACAAAGCUAAUAUCUUAUUGUUUCUUAUCUGACUAAAUCUGCACAUAUUAUGAUAUGUCGUAAACACUUUAAUGUUUUAAGUUGGGAUUGUUAAAUAUAUAAAUAAUUCCAUACUUUAAUAUAGCCGAUGGGAAGAAAUAUUCAUUGACCGAAAGUUUGUAACUUUAAACCUGAUUAAAUUAAUUGCUACAAGGGAGUUUUUGCUACACCAUGUAUUAAAUUCGAUGCCAUAUUUGUACGGCUCUAAAGAUAUGUUGUCCGGGUCAAGUAAAAUAUAUAAUACAGUGACAGUUCUACACAUGAUGACACAAAGAAGAAACUGUUCACAAGAGGUGUCAUCCACGACGUCCGCGUUUGUUGGAACGGUACACACGGCCUCACUAGCCGUCUGCACAGUGCUUAUUAUUUUUGUUUUACUAAUGGGAUGUAUCGGUAAUUCUGUGGUGAUAUAUGCUGCAGUGAAAAAGAAACGCAUACGAACGAAUUUUGACGUUUUAGUUCUCAAUUUAACUGGUGCAGAUUUUAUAACAUGUACAUUUUUAGCACCGACAUAUUUGUUUUUACUGUAUUCGGAGCCACCUGUUCCUAAAAUGUUUUGUGGGAGUGUGUUAUUUUUGGGAGCUGCAAGUGGAAUGCUUUCAUUGUUUACCUUAGUUGCAAUAGCUCUUCAUAGAUUAGCCCGUGUUGUGGGACAGGCUAGUGGCACGUUAAGUAUCACAAGGACCGCAGUAAUUCUCACCAUGAUUUGGAUAUUUAGUUUCACUUUGAGUGUCGGAGGAACACUUCACGUAACACACAACUGGAAUCCGAAACAGAAAACAUGCCAAGCUAUAAUAAAUAGCAGUAAUCCACAACUACAAAAUUUCGUAUUGUUCUUUGUUGCGCCUGUGACAAUUGUCAGUUUUGCGAUCGUGACUUUAUCGUAUAUAAUUAUUACAAUAAUGGUCCAUAGACAAACCGAUAAACUUAGCAGGACAGUAGGUACACCGCCUUGUAAACAAUGUCAAAAUUUAAUUAGGCAAAACUGUCCAAGUAGAAAGUGUCAUACAUGUUCUAAUUCUACUUUCCCCUAUCGGGAUAAUAAGGCGUUGACAAUGUGCCUCGUGGUAAUUCUUUUGAUGGGACUUUGCUGGGGACCGCUUAUUAUUUCACACUUUGUGGAACUAGCCACGGGAGAGUCAAUUACUUUAUAUCAAGUUAAAUUAUGUGGAAUAGCUCUAGUCUUUCUUAAUAGUGCUUUGGAUCCGUAUAUUUAUGCACAGCACAUUGGGAAAAUAAAGCAAAGGUAUUCGAAACUGUUUAAAUUAGUACUUCAGUGUUGUUCAAAUAACAAAGCGCCAUCAAGAUUACGUGUUACUGACAAUAAAAAGCCUAAAGACAUUGCUAAAGUAGGCUUGAACAGUCGUUUUAACCAUGACACAAAUCCAGGACAUAAUAGUACCCGAGAACUUCUAGACGAAUGCAGAACUAAAGGAAAUAUAGAACAAACAAAUUUUCACAAAAAUCUUAUAAUUCAUAGCGACAUUAUACGGAACUCGAAUUGCAACAAAAGUUUUGAUAUUAUGAAAACAUGCCUUGUGGAAGAAUCGAUAGGAUUUAUUAAUGCAUCAUGCAGUCAGGGAUCGGGAAAAGACAUUCCGAGUACGGCUGAGUAUUAGUAAAUAUAGUCAAGGCACAGAAAGAGAUAUUCCGAGAACGUCUGAGCUUUACUGAAUGUAAUUUCAUGUUCAUUUCAUCUGUUCUAAUUUAUAUAAAACAGUUGGUGUAAUUAUUUUGUUGAA